GGAGACACUGUCCAAGGAGGGAGUUUAAUAAUAUAAUGAUCAUUUGGCAAUAUAUAUAAUGCAUCUUUCAAGGAUGAUAUAUGAGAUGAAGCAAUGGAUUGCACUCAUGUCUAACAACCCGCUGCAAGAUGGAGCCCAGUGUUCCAAACACCCCACCCUAUGCACGAUUAAGUUGCCAGGUAAACCAUGUCGACUGUAAGACUUCCAUCUACCUGCAUGUUCAGAAGUGCCCCUCUUACCCAACCAAAGAGUGCAUUUGUGAAGAGCCCAUCAUCCAUUACUUCUGUAAAGAGGGUCUCCAAAUCAUUUGGCUUGAAAGCUGACCGUUACCGAGUGACUGCAUCAGCGGUAUAUAAGGUUAAACUGGUUUGUCCAGAUGGCGAGUACGAGUUUGAUGCACCUGCGGAUACUUACAUCCUGGAUUCAGCUGAGAGCGCGGGAGUUGAACUGCCAUACUCUUGCAGGGCCGGGGCAUGCUCUACCUGCGCGGGGAAGAUCGAGACGGGCUCUGUGGAUCAAUCUGAUGGGUCUUUUCUCGAUGACGGCCAAGUGGGAGAGGGAUAUGUCUUGACUUGUGUUUCUUACCCAACUUCAGAUUGCGUGAUUCACACCCACAAGGAGAGUGAUCUUUACUAGGUAUUUUACUUAGGUUGUUCCUACGUUAUGCUGAACUCCAAAAACUCUCAGGAAUUAGGGUCUUGAUUCUAAGUGUCCACUCCAACAUUGUUGUUUCGGUUAAUGUAAUGCUAUCCUUUGCAAGUUCCUGCUUUCUAUUCAACUACUUUUGCCUAUA